UCCUGAAAAUGGGAUCAUUUUCUCCUGCCUCUCUCUGCAACAGCAUCUCCCAGCCGGCUGUUAAGUACCAAAGAAGCUUCCAGCACUACACCCAGCCCCUGGAACUCCCCUUCCUCCUGGACAGACCUUCGGAAGGAUUGCCCAUUUUGUGCUGUGCAGUUCCACUCCUGAUGCUCCAGAUCAGCUAGAAACUGUGCUGUGCAGUUCCACUCCUCAUGCUCCAGAUCAGCAAACUGCUGACCAAGUGAAGUCUUCAGUGGCUUCUGGACACAGCUCUGAGUUUUGAACCUUUAGGAAAUGCAUUUACCACGGAGGAGGCGGCUACGGAGGAACCGAAUCCUUUUCUUGCUUGCCAUAGUGUUGGUCCUCUCUUUCUGCCAGCUCCAGUUCAGCCCCUCUGUCCCUCCAGCAUCACACAGAGCCCCCCAACCCACGGACCCUGCCAAAGUGACCUCCAGGGACCUCCCCAGCAACAAGACUGCUGUAGGAGGCAAUGCCACAGCCCCCAAAAUAAGGCACUGCAUCUAUGUGGAUCCUGAGCCAGCCGUGCCCGUCACCACGUCAGUGGGUACAACACCACGGCAAGAAAAUGCCAGUGAAAGCUCCCCAGAUGAAAAACCACCCUAUGAGUCCAAAGGAGAAUAUCCCCAGGACCUGUUCAGUGUGGAAGAACGCAGGCAAGGGUGGGUUGUACUUCACAUCUUUGGCAUGAUAUAUGUGUUUGUGGCCUUGGCCAUAGUGUGUGAUGAGUAUUUUGUCCCUGCUUUGGGAGUGAUCACUGAGAAGUUGCAGAUCUCUGAAGACGUGGCUGGAGCCACCUUCAUGGCAGCAGGUGGAUCAGCACCAGAACUCUUCACGUCCCUCAUAGGUGUCUUCAUCUCACACAGCAAUGUCGGCAUCGGUACCAUUGUGGGCUCAGCAGUGUUUAAUAUCCUCUUUGUCAUUGGCACCUGUGCCCUCUUCUCGAGGCAGAUACUCCACCUGACAUGGUGGCCCUUAUUUAGAGACAUCACAUUCUACAUUGUAGACUUACUGAUGCUCAUCCUGUUUUUCCUAGACAGUGUCAUUGAUUGGUGGGAAAGCCUCCUUUUACUGACUGCCUAUGCCACAUACGUGUUCACCAUGAAACAGAAUGUGUUCCUGGAGCAAUGGGUGAAGCAGGAGCUGACAAAGAAGCUAAAUGCUGUGCAGGCAGCAUCAGCAGAGCAUACGCAGAAGACAAGCAGGGCAGUUGUAGAUGAUGGAACAAUGAAGCCACCAGAUGUGAGGAAGCUGCAGCCUGGGCCAGCCCUGCAGCGGGGCAGCAGCUCGGCCUCCCUGCACAACUCUCAGAUGCGCGGCACCAUCGUCCAGCUCAUGAUCCACACCCUGGACCCCCUGGCAGAAGCCAAAUUUAAAGACAGGGUUGACAUCCUGAGCAACGUGACCAAGGCCAAGGCUGAGACCCUGGAAGGACAAGGCUCCCAGCCAGAAGAGGGAAAGAAAGCACCCAGCAGCGUCCAGGUAACUCCUGCCAGUGGCUCUGAGCCCAGCAAAGACACACAGAAGGCCGAUGUGCCACAGGAUGGACAGGUACAGCCCCUGUCAAGCAGUGACACCUCAGACGACAGCAGCUCUGAGAGCCAGGAGGACAGCGACAGUGACAGCACAGAGGGUGAUGAAAAUGAUGAGCCCUUAUCUCUGGAAUGGCCAGAAUCAAGGACAAAACAAGCAAUUUACCUUUUCCUCUUUCCCAUUGUCUUUCCUCUCUGGAGCACUCUGCCUGAUGUCAGAAACUCGGAAUCAAAAAAAUUCUUUGUCAUCACAUUUUUUGGAUCCAUCCUCUGGAUUGCUGCAUUCUCUUAUCUCAUGGUGUGGUGGGCUCACCAGGUUGGUGAAACAAUUGGGAUAUCAGAGGAAAUUAUGGGGCUAACCAUACUGGCAGCAGGCACGUCCAUCCCUGACCUCAUCACCAGUGUCAUUGUGGCCCGGAAGGGCUUGGGGGACAUGGCUGUGUCCAGCUCCGUGGGCAGCAACAUCUUUGACAUCACUGUUGGCCUGCCAGUUCCCUGGUUCCUUUUUUCUAUCUUCAAUGGCCUCAGCCCUGUGGCAGUCAGCAGCAAUGGUUUGUUUUGUGCAAUUGUUCUCCUUUUCCUCAUGCUCCUGUUUGUGAUUCUCUCUAUUGCUGUCUGUAAAUGGAAAAUGAACAAAUUACUGGGGCUCACCAUGUUUGCUCUUUACUUUGUGUUUCUGAUCAUCAGUGUGAUGUUAGAGGACAAGAUAAUAUCCUGCCCAGUAUCUGUAUGACAUGUGGACACUCCAAGAUGUUAGUGAGGAUCCAGCAACAUCAAAAGCGGGUUGAGGUAGCAGUUGUUCUACUGAAAAAAAAGCAACCAGAAUUGUAACAAACUUACUGAAAAUAAGGUACCUUUAACAUGCUAAAAAAUAAAUCAAUCUUAACUGGUG